AUCAAAAUUUGGAUUUCUUGUCAUCUAAAUGUCAUUUUAGGCCAAAAUUUGCCCAAAAAUUAAAACUACUUUAUUUUCGACAAAAUUUGGCUCAAUUAACAAGAAAAGUAUGCUGAACAUGAUGGUAACUUCAAAAUUUGGAUUUUUUGUCACCUAAAUGUCAUUUUAGGCCAAAAUUAGCCCAAAAAUUAAAACUACUUUAUUUUCGACAACAUUUGGCACAGUUAACAAAAAAGGUAUACUGAACAUGAUAGUGACAUCAAAGUGUUAAUUUUUUGUCACCUAAAUGCCGUUUAAGACCAUAAACGUUUCAAUCGCGCCACUGUAACCAUGAAUGAUAGGCUGUAUUUUUUGUUAGCAGAAAUUGUAGAAUUGGGUCGCAUUGUCGAUGUUUCAUAGUUGUGCAUUUUUAAUAGCGAGAUAGUUUAUGCAGCGCCUGCAUCUUGUUUACAUUAAUAACCAUCAACUUUAGAUAAAAAAAAAGUCAUUCGUCGUCAAUACUAAAAGCAUGUCCAUUGAAAUCCUCUUGUACAGUAGCAACACGAAAAAAUUGGCGGAUGGCGAAAAAGUUAAUUUUGGCGGGGAAUUUAAUUUGGCAGGCACCGCCAAAUUUUCAUUCUACCAAAAUCUCUGCCCUUAGGUAUCAAAUGAUAUAAAAACGUUUUAUCAUUAUAAAAUAUUUUUUAGUGUCAUGGCAUAUUUGAAAAGAUACAGAAAAAAUAUUGCUGAAGUGAACAAACUUGCAAGAAGCAGUGAUAGCGAUGAUGCAGUUGAAACUCACAGGGAAGGGGGAAAUCAAAUUUUUGAAGAGUGUUACAUUGAAAGCAAUUCAUGUAGCAUGGACUGUGAUAUUGACUCAACUGAUACUGUAAAUGACAGUGGCAGUAGUAGUGAUGAAGAGUGGUUAAGUGAUGCAAUGGGAAACAUCACAUUAUCGGAAGAACUUGCGUCAUGGGCAGUGCGAAAUAGAGUUACAAGAAAUUCUGUUAAUGAACUUUUGGACAUCUUGAGAAAAAAUGGGCAUACUCUCCCAAAAGAUAGUCGCACUCUUCUCAAGACACCAAGAAACGUGAACACAGAUUCAAUCUGUGCGGGAAAAUAUGUUUACUUGGGCAUAGAAAAUGGAAUAAGACGAAUGCUUCUUAACAAUCCGAACAUCACCGUAACAGAAUAUAUCAAGCUUGCAAUAAAUAUAGAUGGAAUACCUUUAUAUAAGUCAUCAAGCACCCAAAUUAAUGCAUGCCUGGCAUAUGCAAGCAUACGUUUACUAAUUUAUUUGAAGAUAUAACUUUUGAUUCAAUAACCAUUUAAAUUUUUUGCUAUUUUGCUUUCAUGUGCACCAGUUAUGCUUGACACAUACAGGUGGUUGGAGCAUGCUGACAGGCUGCCUUAUAAGAGGGCGUGCCUGGCACAUGCAAGCAUACUUAUAGCAAUCUAUUUGAAGAUAUAACUUUUGAUUCAAUAACCAUUUAAAAUUUUUGCUAUUUUGCUUUCAUGUGCACCAGUUAUGCUUGACACAUACAGGUGGUUGGAGCAUGCUGACAGGCUGCCUUAUAAGAGGGCGUGCCUGGCACAUGCAAGCAUACUUAUAGCAAUCUAUUUGAAGAUAUAACUUUUGAUUCAAUAACCAUUUAAAAUUUUUGCUAUUUUGCUUUCAUGUGCACCAGUUAUGCUUGACACAUACAGGUGGUUGGAGCAUGCUAACAGGCUGCCUUAUAAGAGGGCGUGCCUGGCAUAUGCAAGCAUUUAUAGCAAUCUAUUCGAAAACAUUGUGACAAAAAAAUAUAUAGCUGAAGCUAAAUAUCAAGUAUUUAGUAAUUCUUAGUUAUAAAUCAUCAUAUUUAAAAAGCUGCAUGUUUUGUUCCAAAGCCCAUGUAAAUUCUUUUAAUUUGUUUUGACUUAAAAAAUCCAACUUUUCAUGAAAAAGGCAUAUUGACUAAAAUUUAAUCCCGCGAAAUAUCUGAACUCGAUCGAUUCGCAAAAAAUUGUGACAUUUAAGUACUUGAAAGACAUUCAUAACUAUGCAGAAGUGAAAAUGCUGAUAAAUAAACGUAGAGGAUUGAAAACUUAUGAUUGUAUUGUCUGCUUGAAGGUUCCUUCAAUACAUUUUGUGCACCUGUGGAAUUCUAUUAAAAAAUAGAGUGCUUGCUUGCUUGAUAAAUUACAAUUCUUACACUAAAAUUAUAACAAAAAUAAGAAAAUUAACUUGGUGAUCACUACUUGCUUUAUACCAGAGACCUGCACACACCACUAGUAUUAUGUAUAUAUACAAAUUAGGUUAAAACUUAGUUAUUAAACUUGUAAUUAUUGCAAAGAGCUGGAAAAAGAUUGAGAUUUUCUAUCAGCCAACUUCAUGCCUCAUUCGACAGUCUUACAAUCCGGUAUUUGAUCUUGUCAUGUUAAGUCAAUAUUUAAAUCCUUAAUUCCCUUGAGUAACCAUUGUUUUAUAUUAGCUAUAUUUGAAUAAAAUGAGUUGGAGCCGAGCAAUAUGGUUGGAAAACAAACAAGAAGAAGAAGGUACAAUACCAACAGUUUGGAUAAAAAAUAAUUUAGUCUACUGGCCAAGUUUUUUGAAUGUCGAGAAGGCAGCUGCAGAAUUAAAAGAACCUACAGCAUUAUGGCACAAAUUUCCACUAGUCCGAGUUAAAAUUACAGGAGAUAGAAAACUAUGUGAGGAGUUUGAUUUCACGGAGGCAGAAACGGAUGACGAAGAAGUCAUCACAAAAAAACAAAGCUCGCCGUCUUGUGAUGUAUUGUUUACAAAAA